AUGCCGGACUCCCCGCGCCUCUCAAUCAUCGGCGUCGUACCCGUCGUCAUCCUCCUCCUCCUCGCGUCGGUCACGGGCGGCGUGGGAGCCGACGAGGGCGACGAGGUCGCCUCCUCCUCGUGGUGGCACGGGCCGGAUCCUCCCGAGGGCGAACCGACGGACCUCGAGCGCGAGAUGUUUCACGAGAGGACGCCGUCGUGCAUCGUCUGUCAGCGCGCGGUGCACUACCUGGACGAGAACCUCCUCGUGAAGAUCCUCGACGAGCGCGCCAAGGACAGGAGCGUCAACGAUCCCGCAAACUACGGCAGGAUCGAGGCCAUCGUCGAGGACGAGGUCUCCAAGGUGUGCUCCGCCCAGGGCAUCCAGCUGGACAAGAACCUGCGCAAGAAGUGCGACGACAUGCUCGAGAGGUUCGAGGAUGUCCUGGUCCGGGCGUGGUACGACAGGAGCGUACAGGACGACGACUGGAACAUGAACUGGCGGAUAUGCGCCAAGAAACACGGGCUGCUCAAGGUGUGCCCGGUUGAGAUCGCGAGGCUCGACGUCCCACAGCUGGACCACCUCGAGCAGGAGGUGAAGCUGGAGGAGCUCCGAUCGCCGGUACGGGAGGGCGACGACGGGCGGAAGAGGUUAAGGUACCAGACGCAGGCGGGGCGGGCGAAGCUCGCGAGAGCCGGCAGCGGCGAGAUGCACGUGCUCAACGGCAAAGACUUUCACGCGCGGGUCAUAGCCGAGCACGGCGCCGACACGGACGCGCUGGUGUACUUUGCCUACGCCAACGCGCACCCGAGGACGCACAGGGGCGUGAUGCGCACGCUGAAGCGCGCGGCGUUGGCCUUUCGGGACGAAAACGUGAAAGGGAAACACCACGUCGCGCUGAGCGUCAUCGACGUCGAGCGAAACGAGAUUCCCCACCCGUACGGCAGCCACGUCAAGGGUCCCACGCUGAUACUGUACCCGGCGGGGAAUAAGCACUCGCCGAGGAUGUUGCCCAUGCGGGGGGGCGUCGGGGGACGGGACGACGAGGAGGCGGCGCCCACGCUCGGCGACGUGCUCGCGCUGUUGAACAAGCGGGGCGGUAAUGCGUACACGAGGGACGCCGCAGGUAAGGCUUUCGUGGAGGCGGAGCAACACGAACUGGAGGGGUCGGGAAGGUUCAGCAGGGAUCACGACGAGCUGUGA